AGGAGGAGGAGAAGGAAAGAAGAGAAGGAGGAGGAGGAGAGGGAGGGCUGUUAAGGGGUAGGGGCGUUAGCUGCGUCCUGCCUCAGAACCGGGAGGAGGAAGCCGCCGCUGUCGCCUCCGCCGCAUUGCUACCACCGAGACAAACCAUGAACCGAGCUCCUUGGCGGCCUCCCCGUGGCCCCACAGACGGCCCUCCCUUCUUGGAGGACAGCCGCCUCCUGUGAGUCCGGCUCGGAGCGCCCUCACCUCGCCUCAUCAGCACUCCCGCCCGUCCAAGGACCCAAAGAAUCAUGAUUCCGGUAACGGAAUUCAGGCAAUUUUCUGAACAGCAGCCUGCUUUCCGAGUACUCAAACCAUGGUGGGACGUGUUUACGGAAUAUCUCUCUGUAGUCAUGCUAAUGAUUGGUGUGUUUGGCUGUACCUUACAAGUUAUGCAAGACAAGAUAAUCUGUCUCCCCAAAACCAUACAACCUUCUCAGAACCACUCAUCCCUUCCUAACGCAUCUCACACCAUUGAUACUUCAACACCACUGCCUCCUCCACCACCAUCUGCCAGCCCUGCAACUGUGGAAAUGAAAGGAAGAAAGACUGACUUGGACCUGCAGCAGUAUAGUUUUAUCAACCAGAUAUGUUAUGAAAAAGCCCUCCAUUGGUAUGCUAAGUACUUCCCUUACCUCGUCCUCAUCCACACCCUCAUCUUCAUGCUUUGCAGUAACUUUUGGUUCAAGUUCCCUGGCUCCAGCUCCAAGAUAGAACACUUCAUUUCCAUUCUGGGGAAGUGUUUCGACUCUCCUUGGACCACCAGGGCUUUAUCUGAGGUAUCUGGGGAGGAUUCUGAAGAAAAGGACAACAGGAAGAACACCUUACAGAAAGCAUCUUUUCCCUCCCAAACGCCGACCGAUACUACUUUGGUCAAAUCUCAGUCCUUAAAGUCCAUCCCCGAGAAGUUUGUGGUUGACAAGACCUCUGCUGGGGCACUGGAUAAGAAGGAAGGCGAGCAAGCUAAGGCCCUGUUUGAAAAGGUAAAAAAGUUCAGGAUGCACGUCGAGGAGGGAGACAUCCUUUACAGCAUGUAUGUCCGCCAGACUGUCCUCAAAGUGCUCAAAUUCCUGAUCAUCAUUGGUUAUAAUAGUGCCCUGGUUCCCAAAGUCCAGUUUACGGUCAGCUGUGACAUUGACAUUCAGGACAUGACGGGGUAUAAGCAUUUCUCUUGCAAUCAUACCAUGGCACACUUAUUCUCAAAACUUUCCUUUUGCUACUUAUGUUUUGUAAGCAUAUAUGGACUAACGUGCCUUUACACUUUAUAUUGGCUUUUCUAUCGGUCUCUAAAGGAAUAUUCUUUUGAGUAUGUGAGGCAGGAGACGGGAAUUGAUGAUAUACCCGAUGUGAAAAAUGACUUUGCUUUUCUGCUACAUAUGAUCGAUCAAUACGACCCUCUCUACUCUAAGAGAUUUGCCGUGUUCCUGUCCGAAGUCAGUGAAAAUAAAUUGAAACAGUUGAACUUAAAUAAUGAGUGGACCGUUGAUAAACUGAGGCAGAAGCUCCAGAUGAAUGCCCAGAACCGCCUGGAGUUACCACUGAUCAUGCUCUCGGGCCUUCCAGACACCGUCUUUGAAAUCACCGAACUGCAGUCUUUGAAACUCGAAAUCAUCCAGAACGUCAUGAUUCCAGCCACCAUCGCCCAACUCAGCAACCUCCAGGAGCUCUCUUUGCACCAAUGCUCUGUCAAAAUCCACAGUGCUGCUUUGAGCUUCCUGAAGGAAAACCUGAAGAUCUUGAGCGUCAAGUUUGAUGAUUUCCGGGAAUUGCCACCCUGGAUGUAUAGCCUCAGAAAUCUGGAGGAGCUCUACUUGUAUGGUUCUUUGGGUCACGAUAUCUCCAGGAACAUCACUCUCGAAUCUCUGCGGGACCUUAAAAACCUGAAAGUUCUCUUACUCAAAAGCAACAUCCCCAAAAUUCCUCAAGCUGUCGUGGAUGUUUCCAGCCACCUCCAGAAAAUGUACAUCCAUAACAACGGGACCAAGCUUGUCAUGCUCAAUAACCUGAAGAAAAUGGUCAACCUCACAGAGCUGGAGCUGGUCCACUGUGAUCUGGAGCGCAUCCCCCACGCCAUCUUCAGCCUGCUGAGCCUCCAGGAGCUGGACUUGAAGGAAAACAACCUCAAAUCAAUAGAAGAAAUUGUGAGCUUUCAGCAUUUACGGAAGCUGACGGUUCUUAAACUCUGGCAUAACAGCAUCACCUACAUCCCGGAGCAUAUCAAAAAGCUCACCAGCCUGGAGCGCCUGACUUUUAGUUACAAUAAAAUAGAGGUACUGCCUUCUCACCUCUUUCUAUGCAACAAAAUCAGACACUUAGAUCUGUCUUUCAAUGACAUUCGGUUCAUCCCACCGGAAAUAGGAGUGCUACAGAGUUUACAAUACUUUUCCAUCACUUCUAACAAAGUCGAGAGCCUCCCCGAUGAAUUGUAUUUCUGUAAGAAACUGAAAACUUUGAAGAUUGGAAAAAAUAACUUAUCAAUCCUUUCACCAAAAAUUGGGAAUUUAGCAUUCCUCACCUUUUUGGAGGUCAAAGGGAAUCAAUUUGAGGUCCUCCCUCCAGAACUCGGUGACUGCCGGGCCCUGAAGCGAUCUGGCUUUAUUGUGGAAGAUGCACUGUUUGAAACGCUACCUUCUGAUAUCCGGGAGCAAAUGAAAGCGGAGUAACUUAUUUUUCUUCAAAGUUUGACUGAAAUAUGCUUCUACCAAAUACAUUAUAAAUAACUAGGUAGUCUAAUGCCUUUACUAUUUUUUUUUCUUUUUCACACAAAACAAAAUGUACAGACAGAUUUGAAGUAAGGAGUACAUAUAUUUUUAAUAAAAAUUUACUUGUAUUUUUUCAAUGUUAAUAUUUUACAUUUUUAUUUGUUCUGGAUACUAAUGUACCUUUAUUAUUGUUUUAUACUGGCAAAACCAGAUAGUUCCAUCUGCUUGUUUUUUGGGUUUUGUUCUGUUUUGUUUUAAGUUCAAUUUAUUUGCAAGGAAAGGAGGAAGUUUGGAAAUGCAGCACGUUGUGGAUUAUUUGUAAUUGAUGAAGGGUAUUUUGCUAAGAGCAAAUAAGUCCAAGGUCUUUCCGUUAUUUGAUAAACCGAGUAGUCUUGUAAAUGAUGCAGGUCAUUUUCCUCUUACCAUCUGGCUUUUCCCUUGACAACAGGAUUCAUUGGUUCUCCUUCUCUAAAGAAUCAGAAAAAAAUUUAAUUUAAUUAGAAUUAAAGAACCAGAUUCAUCGGUUCUCUUUCUGCUCAGAUAAAACUGAAGUCAGUGAGCACAGUAACUAGAGGCACUCAGAUAUAAAAUCACCAUUAAGUCCUCAUUGUAUCCCACAACUCCAAACAAGAUAGGUGGGAUUACAGGAGAGUUGUGAUUGCCUUUGAAUAGUGGAAGAUUGUAUGUGAAAGAAGAAAAAGAUCUUCAGUGACAGUUGUAAUGGGGUGAAUAGAGUUGAAUGGAUUUGUACUUUUUGACAAUUAUUUUUAAAGAUCAGAUUUUUUGAUUGAAAUUCUCAGUAGUUUGUUUAUCCUUUGGAUCUUAACAUUGCUGUGUAGCAAGGAUAAACAACCUUUGACAAUUUUAAUUUAUUUUAAUAUUAUAAUUGGUAAUGGAAUUAAAAAUCACGAAAUUAGAAGCCUGCUUUUUCAGUAACUCAAUCAUCUGCAAAAUCUUGAAAUACGUAGGUGCAUUAAAUAGGAACUAUGCUCGAUAGCCAGUGAACUUCACUGUUUUUUUCCUUCCUGUUGGGCAGUGUGGCAGUCGUUAUCUACUUAAGUUUUGUCUCUUGCUCCCAAAUAAAUGAAAGACUAUAAAAUAAUCUGUUUAUAUACUAAGCAAUUUCCCUCCAAACCUUUCUUUCCUGUAAACAUACCGAUGGCUACCGGUUAACCAGACACAGGAAACAUAUUUGCUGUGCUUGACUUAAAACAGGAUCUUAUUCUAAAUAGUUCUGUUCCCUUUUUUCUUUUAUGUGUGAACGAAUUGUUAAGUGAUUUUCACUUAGCAGAUUUUGCCUGAUGAUGGUCAAUAUUGGCCCUAUCUAUUCUUGCACUUAGCAAUGCAGAAAUAUUUGGAUCUCUGUGUGAAAAAUGUCGAUGGACUCAAGCUUUGUAAUAAGAAGAUACAAAAAUGGUAUUUGCAUAUGUUGUGAUUGGUCAUGAGACCUUUGUCAUAGUACCAAAUUUCCAUUGCACUGAGCCCUCACUGGUCCAAGGAAGCUUCUCUGACUUAUAUCGAAGGCAAAAAGAAGGCAAGUGUGAUGGCCUCAAAAAACUUGCUUUAAAAACUAGUUGUUCAACAAAUAAUUCAGUGGCUUAUUGUUAAUCUGCUAUGGACUGCAUCAAUAGGAACUGUUCAGCGUACAUCUGUAUCACUUUCUACUUUCCCGUUGGGUGCCAUAUUGAAGAUAUCCUUUGCAUUGUACUAUUCACCUAAUGAUCUAGCCAAAGUGAUGUUACAGGGCCUACUGAAUAGUCAGUGUUUCUGAGUGCCAAUUGGUCAGCUCACUUAUGUGAGACCAGGAGUGAGGGUUAAAAACCCUGUGUGUUUGAAGUGGUCUUGUGUUUACAUUUCCUCCCCACUUAACCAUUCACUUCCAGAAUGUUGUUGUGAUCCAUAUAUACACUGGUUGUGAAGAUUGUGUUGUAUUUAGAAAUGUGAUGUACUCUGUGAUCUGAAUGUUUUUAAACUUCCAGGGAAGUAGGUUUUUUUGUUUUUGUUUUGAGGUUUGUUUGUUUUUUUGGUUAAUUAUUAUUAUUAUUUUUUUUUUUUUUUUUUUUUUUUUGGCCACUGAGAAGAACAAACCAACCUUAUUUCAGAAGUCAGGACCCCAGUGGAAUCUGGGAAGGGGGUGCUCAAUUUUUUUGAAUUAUAGGCAUAGGUUUGCUUUUACAUGCAGCCCUUUUAAGAAAAAAAAAGUGCCAUCAAACUUAAAAGCUUAUUUAAUAUUUAAGCAACAAUUCAGCUUUCUAGGUCUAUAAGUAUUUAUUAAGCACUUGCUGUAUGCGUGAGACAUUUCUAUGACCUAUAUCAAUUUUGGCAGAAUUAUAAUGCCAAAUCAGCCUAGCUUAUAUUUCAUUUGUAAGGGAGAUAUUAUUAUCUCCCUUACCUGCCAAAAUAAGUCUGAUAACAAUAAUAAUCUUUAAACUGGUUUUUUAAAUGGAAUAGCAUGAAGCCUUUCAGCUUUGGCCUAAAAAAUAAAUGUGUAGAUAUUUCUAUGGGGGCAGAGGUAGGGGCCUUCCCCACCCACAGACAUAUAAUACACAGAUCUAGAUAUUUCCUGAUUUUCUCUUUUUUAGCUUUCUAAUUUCCCAGUUCAUAUUUAUUAAUUAAAAAAAAAAGUUUGGCCUUUAUUAAAUAAAACUCAGGUAAACAAGUAGCUUGGCUUUCCAAAGGCCAUUUUAGUCAUCUGUGGGGUCCAUUUAUGCCCCCAUUUUCAGCAUUUUAAAAGUGCUCUUGAUAGAAGUGAAUAAUAAAUUGUAUUUCCCCUCAAAAGGACCUAUAUGAGGCUACCUAUGUAAAUAUACAGGCACCCUUUGUUUUUGCUGCUUAAACCUUGAUAUUCACAAUGGUGAAAGCUUUUAUAUAGAGUGACGCUCCAAGAGCAGACGUUCCUUUUUUGAUGAACUGAUUAGAACAGCACAUACGCUGCAUUUCCAAGUGAAGCCUGUCUAUGAAUUAACUCAGCAAUGAUUCUGUAGAAGUCUAAUGUUCUUGAUCCCGUGAUCUCUGACUGCAAGAUUUUGGAGGGUAAUUAGAAAAACUUCUGGAUCAGAUGAACACAAUUGUCACUUCUGCCAUUUGCAGCAUGGUCCCUAAGCCCAUUAAAUCACCUAUGGUGCUAAUCUAAACUGGUCUUCACAAUUCAUGCUAUUAUACAUUCAUGAUAAAGGAAAAAAAAUGUUAUUUUAAAUAUCUCCUCUGCUAAUUCCUAGAGAGGAAGUAUGGUUCAAUGGAAAGAACCCUGGCUUUGCAGAGGACUUAUAAUCAAAUAUUGCCUCUGAUGUUUAAUACCUGGACAACAUGGGACAGAUCAUUUCACCUCCCUGGUGGUCAGUAUCACUGUCUGAAAAAGGAGGGUAUUGGACUAAAUAUCCUGAGAGGUCAUGAUCUUCCAGUUCUAGAUCUGUGAGCUAUGUACAUGGAAGGGUCAAGCCUUGGGACAAUAAAGCUCUGGGUUCAAGUCCUCCUUCUGAGCUAGCUUGACAGCUGCAGGCAAACCACCUUAACAUCUCAGUGCUUCCAAGCAACUCUAAGAUGAUAAGUUAAGUACCAGGGAGAGAGUUACAGGAGGCCCUGAAAAAGACUCUAAAAAUGAACCUUUUUUCAUAUCUCUUGGGUCAAGGCUAAAUGAGGAGAUGAUAUGAAAUAUCCCAGAAGGCUUAGCGCAGAAAAGAGAUCCCUACAGGGGAAUAUCAUGGUUGCCUCCAAGAAUUUGAAGAGCUAUUUGGGAGAGAUUGAAACUGAUUCUUCCUAACCCCAAAAGAUAGGACCAGGAGCAAUGACAAAGGGUAGAAGCUGCUUAGGAAUAAAUUUAAGUUUUCUGUAAAGGAAAACACUCACAAUCAGCUCUUCAAAAAUAUAAUGGGUCACCUCAAUAGGUAGUGUGAGUGACUGGACUGUUCUCCCUUGGAGAUCUUCAGGCAAAAGCUGGAAGAUUACUUGUUGGAAAUGGUAUCAUGGGAUUCUUGUUUCUGGAUUAGAUGGUCUCUAAGAUCUCUUCCAAGAGCAAGAAUCUGUGACUCCGAGUCUGUGAAAUGCUUGGGAUGAGACAAAUAGAGGGCCUCUUGGCCCUUGUCUUACCCCUUUAUUACUAGUAUGAAAGAAUCAAAAAUAACUUGACUGGUAUAUGGAUGUCCUUUCGUUACAUUUUCCCCAUCCCCUAAAAAAGUGUAAAAGAUGGGUAUUUCUAUACUUGCCAAAAUUCAAGGAAAAAAAAUACAGGCUUCCUGUAUAAUAACUUCCUUCCAUGGAAGUGAUUUCUCCUAAAAUGACCUCCAUAUUUAUCACCUUUCAAGGACUCAUUCAGUUCAACAACUAUUUAUAAAUAAGCAUUUCACACCAGACUCUAUCCAAGGCAAAAGUAAGAAAAGAAGGAAUGAUUCCCUGACUUCAAGAAGCUUACAUUCUACUGAAAUGAAGUGACCAAUUAGGAUCCACUGAUGCGAACCAUCUUCAAACCAUACAUUAUUAACACAAAAUUUUACCAACACUCUGGAGCAGUCAAUAGAGAAGAGAACAUAUUUCAGCAUAGAUGCAUUCUUUUAAAAGUCCCAUUUAAAGUUCAUGGUGAAUCUGAAAUGUUCAUCCUAUCAGUGAUCUUAUUGGUGAUAAAAAUUUGACUUCUUAAAUUAAUAAUGCACAAUGGGUUUUCCAAAUUAGUAUCACAAUGUAAUUAAUGGCUAGUUAGGAGGUUGUGUCCUAAAGGACCGAGCCCUUGGUACUGGGAAUUACUUUCCACUCAGAAACUAGGAAAGAGUUGUUGAACAACUAUAGACUGGAUCUUCUUUGAUUCUUCAGGAUGGAUAAACCUCAUUGGUGGAAGGUGAGUACCAUUUUAGAUUGUGAACUCUUUGAGGGCAAGGACUGCCUUUUGCAAUUUUAUAUCCCCAGCACUUAGCUCAGUGCCUAACACAUAGUAGGUGCUUAAUAAAUAUUGACUGAAUGACUGGAAACUUAAGCAUGCCAUUACUGUCCAGCAUCAUCACCCCUAUUCCCAAUUGUUUCUAAUUAUCAAGUGUCCACUGGUCCUUGGUCUUCCUGGUAAAAUUCAGAUGAAAAUGCUUGGCAGUAUAAAAAAUAAACAUCUUAUAUUUUAAGAAGGCUUUUUAUGUCAAAUCUCUGUUAAAAAAAUAAAUAAAUAAAUAAAAGAGAAUGAAGAUAUUGUGGUCUUGGUUUUAUUUGAUUGGCAGCUAUCUGAUAAGUAAUGUCUUAUGAAUUCACCUGCUUCCUCUG